CGCUUGCCGAUUGACGUCAGUCCAGUAUCACAUGAACCGGCGGCGACCAAUCGGCGCGGCGCUGCUGGAGAGAGCUGGCUCAUUUACAGCAAGAUAGGGGGGAAAAUACGGAAUAAAAGGGAACCGAGCCAGUGAGCCUGUAAUGAGCACAAAAUCCCAGGGAGGAAGCGAGACCCGCCGCAAUUGGACCUUUCUUUGCUUUUCCUGCUACUCCCCCCGUCUUUCUAUCGCUGGAUUAUUCGUUUUGGCUCGGCGGCGGAGCGAAUGGAUAAGGCCAUGGCCCUCGCAUAUUGAAUCGCUCAUUGGCAGCGGGGAGGGGAGUCGAGACGCGCACCGCGGACACAUUUCAUGGAGCAUUGUGUGGGGAGGAAAAUGGUGGAUUGUUUACAGUGUCUCAUCAAAACCUUGCCCUGUGUGGAUAUCCUGUCAUAAAAGUGCUCGACGGUUCCUUUAGCGCCCGUCUCGGCCUCGUCUCUCCAGUCGUGUACGAGCACCACUCGAUAGGUAGGUAGGUACCCCCUCCCCCAGCUCGAUCAGACACUGCUCAUUUUUCAUAUACAUGUAGGUAGGUGUCUUGUGUUGGAGAUCGCGCUCCUCGUUUUGGGAAGAAGAAAAAAAGCUUGGAUUUCUGGAUUAUGGAUUUCAACAGCGCCGGCGGAGGCAACGAACUGCACAACAACCAGUUUUAUCAGUGCGAGGAAAGCAAGCCUUUAUUGGGGGACAUGUCGGAGGGGAAUAAUAACGCCAAAGUUGCCGCGGGGCCGUGCAAGAGGAGCCUGCAACAUUGCAGCAGCAGCGGAAUGCGCUACAAGCUGCUCCACGAAGGAGACAUCCAGGUGUGCGUGGUCAAACACCCUCGCACCUUCCUCAGCAAGAUCCUCACCUCCAAGUUCCUGCGCAGAUGGGAGCCGCAUCACCUCACGCUCGCGGACAGCAGCCUGACCUCCGCCACCCCCACCGGUUACAUGGAGACUUCAUUGUCCUACAGCUCCAUAGAGGACUUGCAGCUGCUGUCAUGGGACAAUGCACCAAAGUACUGUGUCCAGCUCAGCUUCCCUGGUGGCACAGUUCUGCUGCAGGCUGCUAACAGCUACUUAAGGGACCAGUGGUUUCAUUCCUUACAGUGGAAGAAAAAGAUCUACAAAUACCGUAAGGUGCUGAACAAUCCAAGCCGCUGGGAUGUCGUGCUGAAGGAGAUUAGAGCGCUCGUGGACAUGGCUCUGACCUCACCGCUGCAGGACGAGUCCAUCCAUCAGGCCCCUCUACAUAUCAUCUCUACUUUGCUGGCUGAGAACUCUAAUCUCAGCACACAGGAUCACGAGAACAUCAUUGUGGCAAUUGCACCUCUUCUAGAAAACAACCACCCGCCCCCAGAUCUUUGUGAGUUCUUCUGUAAGCAUUGUCGCGAGCGACCCCGUUCCAUGGUUGUUAUUGAAGUAUUCACUCCUGUGGUCCAGAGAAUCCUCAAACACAACAUGGAUUUUGGGAAGUGCCCUCGACUUCGCCUCUUCACUCAGGAGUACAUCCUGGCACUGAAUGAACUGAAUGCAGGAAUGGAAGUUGUCAAGAAGUUUGUUCACAGCAUGCACGGGCCAACAGGUCAGUGUCCUCACCCACGUGUCCUGCCAAACCUGGUCGCAGUAUGCCUUGCAGCCAUUUACUCAUGUUACGAGGAAUUCAUUAACAGGUGGUGGCCAUUUUGUCACUUGCUGUCGACUGAAAAUGACAUCACAAUUACCAGGUCUCUGGUCACAACCGUUCACGGCUUAGCUUCUGAAAACUGUCGAGACAACUCUCCAAGUCUGAAGGAGAUCAGAAAUGGCUGUCAGCAGCAGAAUGACCGCAAGCCUCCGAUGCCUCUUCGCCUGCUGCGCCCAGAGCCUCCAACGCCACCUUCAACCACCCUGCUCCCCCUCUCCCCCAACCCCAGUCCUCCUCAGCCACCUCCUCCUGCUCCCCCAAACCCUCCACCAUCAAUUCCCAUAUGUUCCCCAACACCUAGCCUGCCUCUCUCGCCUCCUCCGUCUGUCGUCAACUCCAGCGAGAUCCUGGUGGAGUUAGAGCGCAACAACAACUCGGCCAACACAAAGCGGAAGUCCGAACACGACAGUGAACCCAACCUCAUCGACUGUCUACUGGUCAGCCCGGCUGUCAACACUCUGUCCAUCCAGCUGCCUGCGCAGGCGGACCGUGUGCUUGGAUGUUUUGCUCUCAUCCUCAAGAUGCUGUCGGAUUAUGACGACUGGAGACCUGCGUUGGCCAGUCUGUUGCAGCCCAUCCCUUUUCCAAAAGAGGCCCUUGCACAUGCCAAAUUCACAAAGGAACUGAAAUAUGUUAUUCAGAGGUUUGCCGAGGAUCCGAGGCAGGAGGUCCAUUCCUGUCUACUCAGCGUGCGUUCAGGAAAAGAUGGCUGGUUUCAGCUCUAUAGUCCUGGAGGGGUGGCCUGUGAUGAUGAUGGAGAACUUUUUGCUAGUAUGGUUCAUAUCCUAAUGGGCUCCUGUUACAAGACUAAGAAGUUCCUCUUCUCUUUGGCUGAGAACAAGCUCGGUCCCUGCAUGCUAUUGGCCUUGCGUGGGAACCAGACGAUGGUGGAGAUUUUGUGUCUGAUGUUGGAGUACAACAUCAUCGAGAACAAGGACACCCAGCUGCAAAUCAUCUCUACCCUGGAGAGCACCCAGGUGGGCAUCCGCAUGUACGAACAGCUCUGUGACCGACAGCGGGAACUCAAAGAACUGCAAAGAAAAGGAGGCCCCACCCGCCUGACUCUCCCCUCCAAAUCCACGGAUGCAGACUUGGCUCGCCUGUUGAGCUCAGGGUCUUUUGGAAACUUGGAGAAUCUCAGCCUGGCCUUCACCAACGUCACCAGUGCCUGUGCCGAGCAGCUCAUUAAGCUGCCUUCGCUCAAACAACUUAACUUGUGGUCCACUCAGUUUGGGGAUGCCGGACUGCGGUUGUUGUCGGAGCACCUGGCCUGCCUUCAGGUGUUGAAUCUGUGUGAGACGCCUGUCACUGAUGCUGGAUUAUUGGCUCUCAGCUCCAUGAAGAGUUUGUGUAGUCUGAACAUGAACAGCACCAAGCUUACAGCGGAUACAUAUGAGGACCUCAAGGCCAAACUGCCCAACCUGAAAGACGUGGAUGUUCGGUACACAGAGGCUUGGUGAUCUUGUGUGGGAAAGCAGACUCUCACAAAAUAAGCAUAGCCACUCUGAAAACAUUUUUUUUUUUUUUGUCACAUCAUCUGAUAUUUUCAUCAUUAGUCCAUGAUGUCAGACAGCAAUCAUCAGGAUCAUCUUACUUUAAUGUGUGUGUGUGAGUGGAGGAUAUAACGACGCCAUAACCAGGAAGGAAGGUUCCAAUUUUCUCCGACAAUGAAAGCUUUGUGGACUUUGUUGCUCCCCUCGCUACUACUAGUGGACCCUUUUUUUUUUUUAAUGUGAUCAGAGGUUGUUCAAGGACCUGCGAUACUGUAACAAAACAAAUCUCUUUUUCUCUCUAUGUAUAUCCUUGUAAUAUGUUGUCACAUAUGUAAUCUGUUUCUGAACCGGUCCAACUCCGAUGUUCUGCGGCAGAGAGUGAUACCCACUCCCAACCUUCCGAAGGCUCUUUAUCGUUUUUGAAUCGCUCAUGUAGAUCUCACGUGAUGAAACGCUUACUGUACAUUCCAGCUCUUCUCUGCCCUAAUCCAGGAUGUAGCUAUUUAAGUGGACUUUUUCCUUUGAAUCACAUCAGUCCCCCUUGCAUUAUCCAUCAUGAAUUCCCGAGGCCUCCUUUUCCAAGACUUUGGUUGGGAACGGUGCUGCCUUUGCGAGUUGGAAGACUGUGCCUGCUCCUCAUUUACAAACAUAUUCAAAGGCAAGGUUUUUACCAACUCAAAUAUACAGUACAUAUUUUUCCAGACAUCCGCAAUUUCAUAUACUGUGUGUUUAUAUGGAGAUGAAUGUCAGGAAUUACAAUUGGAGUAGGAAAAUUCAACCGUGAUAGCAAAAUAUGUCCCUUUUUCAGUUUGUCAGUGUACAUUCUGAUUAGCUCUCAUUUCUAUUUAAUAAUAGGACUUUUGCGUAGCAGUAGCUUGGCAGUCUGGGACUGCCUGUUGUUUAUAAGCCUCUUUUACUCUGUGGGAUUUGAUCCCGGCAGUUUAGAUGUACACAGACUUUGUUCUUUUUAGUUGUUUGAGAACUUGUUUUUGACACAUGAAGCCAAUAUCGAGCGCGCCCCUACAUGGAUCUCUCCGUACUAUGCCAUGCUGGUCACAUAGUUUAUGGACACGUGUAUACGAGAAACGUCACCAGCUAAGAGUUUGUAUAUUUUCAUAAGCUCAGUCUUUUGGACCCUGUUGUUGGACACGGAGAAAGAACACUUGCCAAACAAAUUUGUUUUUGUCUUGUUGUGUCAAGCCAACAUGAGCUUCUUUCACUACACUGGUGCAGCAGAUCUCAUGGUGAGCUCCCCGUGCAAAGGCACAGUUUGACCUCCCCUGUCAAGGUCAUACUGAAAACUCGUUUCUGCUGUAUCGAAAUCGGUGGUGUUCGUAAGAUUCUUUGUGAGCAAGAUGUUGGGACACAAUUCAUGUAAAUACUAUUGAGGUGGGCUUUUAAGGACAAUGACUUGGGCGAGGGGAGGUGGGGUGGGGGCAACCUUUGGCCAUAAUUGUCCCUCGACAUUCCCUCAAAGCGUUGCCUGUGUACUGUGGUAACAUGACAUUAUGUGGUAAUUGCCCUGGCUCACUGCAAGUCACCCAAUUUUGUCUCAUGUAUGCGGUUUCACGUUGAGACAAAAUAAGUCAAGUCUACCUUUUUUCAGUCCCUUUGGCUCCAUCUAUAUUCUUCGUACGUGCCACCUGCAGGCUGUUGAAAAAAGCAAGUUUCAGCAGAAAAUAGAAUGCCGUCCUCUGCGACUUACUUUACUAUUUAUUUGGUGAAAUGCAGCUUUCUGUUUGGUCAGUAAAUUUUGGGCCAUCCGCAUCCUCACUAACUUUCAUAUCCUGUAUAAUGUACAUACAAUUGUAAAUAGUCUUUCUUUUCUUUCUUGGAUUGGAAUCAUUUUUAAACCCUUCUUGCUUUGCUUUUCUGUUUUAAUCUUGGCGCUCCUUCAUCAGUGGGCCAGUGUUGCCUUCAUUUAGCAAUCUCUGCGGUUGUUUUGUUGUUUCACACAAAAGUGCACUGUAAUCAAAAUAGUCAAAGCAUCAUUUUCUUUUCUUUUUUAAGUUUCUGGCUUUACUGAUUUGAUGAUUAUUUUGUUGGUCAUGUUUUCAGGGUUGUUUUGCAUGUAUGUGUCUCGACGUCAUCUGAUAUUUUCCAUUUGGGUUAUUUUAUAUAAGUUUUGAAAUCGUGAUAAAGGGUUUGAUCACUAUCUGAGGCUGUGUACUGAACUAAAAUGAUCAGUUUUCCCCCCGUCAUCCAUUCAAGCCAUGACACGUUUUGUCAUGUACUGUAAUUGUUAUCAUUAUUUACAAAACUUAAUGCAGUCCCAUUAUUUUAUAUAUUAUAUAUAUAUAUAUAUAUAUAUAUAUAUAUAUAUAUAUAUAUAUAUAUAUAUAUAUAUAUAUAUAUAUAUAUAUAUAUAUAUAUAUAUAUAUAUAUAUAUAUAUAUAUAUAUAUAUAUAUAUAUAUAUAUUUCUCCCACUAAAUACUGUAACCUUUGUUACCUGACUAUUUCAGGAGCGCCACAUUAGCCAAUAUUGCAGUUCAACUGUUUUUUUUUUUUUGUUUAUAUCUCUAGUUUGCUUUGGUUGCAAAAAAAUUAGAUAACCACUCUUGUGUUUGAAAACAUACUGCUGUGGCUACAUCUACUGGUUGCGUGAUGAAUUAAUAAACUACAGCCAAAAUCACGGUGGUCCCUGCUACUGUGUCAGUUUUAUUUAUUGUGUUUUUUGUCAAUUUAAAAAGAAUAGUUUAAUGAUAAUCAGUGAAUUUUACAGGUGCUGGUUAUUUGAAUUAAGCCACACUAUUUAUUUGUGUUUCCGAUUGCUCCUCUUUCUCAGAAACGCAUCAAACAGCUGAUUCUUUGUGGCCGAAUAGAGGCUACUACUUUUUGUCUUGUUUGUAAAUGUGGGGCAAUCAUUUUCUUCUUAAAUGUUCACUUCCAAUUGUGUUCCUAAGAAAUAAGAUUUAUUAAACUCCCAAUAAACAGCAAGUUUGUACAAUUUGGAAAUGCUCUGCAGUUAGAAGUUUGGGUCAUUCAAUGUAAGGAUCUUAUUAGAUUGGGCAAAUCUCAGUUUUGAAAUCUGACUGAAACCUGAAGAGAUUUAUUUUUUGUCAUUCCUCCUUUGUAUUUUUGGGGGGCAGCUGGAAUGAGUGGUCAUCUUAUUUUUUAGUUUUUGUCCUUCUCAGCAUUGAUCUGCUUACUGGGUUAUUGUUAUUACUUUUAUUGUAUUUAUUAUCAUUAUUAUUGUUGUUAUUAUUAUUAUUAUUGCUGCUGCUACUAUUCUGUGGCUGUAAUUAAAAAAAAAAUCUUCAACAUGAUGUAAAAUAAUUUUAAACAAAAAUAAAUUGUCUGUGAGUA